CUACAUUUUCCUGAAAGUGCAGAGGAUCCAAUCUAUCCUUAAUUAGAUAUUAGAGUUACCACCAUGGAGCUUAACCACCCUUUCUCUAUUUCCUCCAUUUCCUUCAUUCUCUUUCUCAUCAUCUUAUUCAAGUUGCUUAAAAGAUCAACUUCUAGCAGCUCCAACACCAAUUUACCACCAGGACCAUGGACACUGCCUCUCAUAGGAAACUUACACCAGAUUGGAGGCUCGAUGCCGCAUCACAGCUUCAGAAAUUUGGCAAGCAAUUAUGGACCCUUAAUGCACCUCAAACUAGGAGAGGUAUCCCACAUCAUUGUCACUUCACCAGAAAUUGCAGAACUGGUUAUGAAAACACAUGAUCUUAACUUUUGUGACAGGACAAACCCCCUUUUAUCCACAAUAUGUUCUUACAAUGCCACAGGCAUAGCUUCGGCUCCAUAUGGAGAAUACUGGAGGCAGCUACGAAAGAUAUGCACUAUGGAGAUGUUAAGCGCAAAGCGUGUACAAUCCUUCCGAUCCAUAAGAGAAGAAGAGGUGUCAGAAAUUGUUAAAGCAAUAUCCGCUAGUGAUGAAGGAUCAGUUGUUAAUCUCAGUGAGAAGAUUUUCUCACUGACAUAUGGGAUAGUAGCGCGCGUAGCUUUCGGGAAGAAAAACAGACAUCAAGUGUUCAAAUCAGCUAUUGAGGAGCAAUUGAGUCUGAUGGGAGGUUUUUGUGUUGCUGAUCUCUAUCCUUCUUUAGGAGUGCUUCAAGGGAUGAGUAAGGAUAAGGUCAAAAUGGAAAAAAUGCACAGAGAGGUUGAUAGGAUAUUGCAAGACGUCAUUGAUGAUCACAGAAAUGAAAUGAGUAGCAGCAGGCUCAGGGAAGCUGAAGGGAGUGAAGAUCUAGUUGAUGUUCUUCUUAGGCUUCAAAAGGAGCAGCAGGAACCGGAUCAAUAUGCUUUGACUGAUGACAAUCUUAAAGCAGUCAUUCAGGACAUGUUCGCUGCCGGUGGAGAAACAAUUUCAGAGGUUGUGCUUUGGGUGAUGUCAGAAAUGGUAAGGAAUCCAAAGGUGAUGGAAGAAGCACAAGCUGAAGUAAGAAGGGUGUUUGAUACCAAGGGGGAUGUGGAUGAAACAGAGAUGCACCAAUUGAUAUACUUAAAGUGUGUCAUCAAAGAAACCAUGAGGCUCCACCCACCCUUACCAUUUUUAGUUCCAAGAGAAUGUAGAGAGAGAUGUGAAAUCAAUGGGUAUGAGGUACCAGCUAAGAGCAGGGUCAAUAUCAAUGUGUGGGCAAUUGGAAGGGAUCCCAAGUAUUGGGAUGAAGCUGAGACAUUUAAACCUGGGAGGUUUCUCAAUAGCCAAAUUGAUUUCAGAGGCACAAACUUUGAAUAUCUCCCAUUUGGUGCUGGAAGGAGGAUAUGUCCAGGCAUUGCAUUUGCCUUACCCAACAUAGAGCUGCCACUCGCCAAAUUACUUUACCACUUUGAUUGGAAGCUUCCCAAUGGAAUGAAGAAUGAAGAAAUCGACAUGACUGAGUCAUUUGGGUUAACUCUAAGUAAAGUAAAUGACCUCUGCUUGAUUCCCAUCACUCGUAGACAACAUCUCUAGCUAAAAAAUUGUAAUUUUGCAGAUAUAUGGUGCAUGAUUACACCACAUAUUUAACUGUAGUGGUGUAAAGUUAGAAUUCCUUAAUAUCGACGUAUUAUCUAAGCAAAUAAGUCCAUAAACUAAAUAAAGUUUUGUUUUACUACUUUCAGAAGUCUGAUAAUGGUUAUGAUCACUUCUUGAUAUACAUUUAGCUCAUUUAGGUCUCUCAAUGUAUCAUGGUUAUCCAAUAAAGUGCAUUACCUGACAGACUUUGUUACAAACA